GAAUCUACAUGGUGAAACAUAAUAUAACUUGGCAUAAAUCUUUAACGUACUGCAUGGUGUGUAGGGAGUACAAAUUUGUUGGAGUGGUUGGGUGUGCAGACAUUAGCGGAUCCGUGUUUUGAAAUCGUUGAACCAUCACGUGUUCAGCAGAACAAUAGUUCUGUAGUAAUUCUUGGUUAUGGCUAAAAUAGUUUCCAAGUCCAGGAAGAAGCCUACCAAGACGAUUGCAUUUCCUGAAUGGAUGCUUAAAACUAACAGAAACGAGAUCACAUAUUCAUGGACAAAACGGGAGUGGUUACGACGUUUAUCAUACUUCACUAAACCUCAUCAGUAUGAAGGCAUUCCAAAAACAAAUUUUACUUAUGGGCCAGGAAGUUGGGGCAAACUGAGAAAUAGAUAUAGAGUUGUUGAUAGUAUUCUGUAUACUGGUAAACAAAUUCAAAAUUCUAUAUUGCGUGGCAAUUGGCAUGCUGCUGUGGAGUUCUUGAAAAUUUUAUUAACCCAACACCUUAACAGAUCACACCUUCGAUUUAUAUUUCAGAGCAUUCAUACAGUGUUGUUGAAUCAUCCUUCUUCUUCCCCUAGGUUGGCAAGUCACUUUGAAAGUUUAACGUCAUCUUUUAAGGAUUGUUCCAGACCCUCUAGAAGAAUGGAAAACAACGUUAAUAAUAAUUGAUAAUAAAAAUGUUCGAAAUACAUUAAAAAAUGCA